AUGGCCAGAUACGGCGCACUAGGUGCAACCUUCCAAAUCGCCCGGAUCGUCCAAGCUUGCUCUCUCAUCGCCAUCAUAGGCCUAACAGCCAACUUCAUCGCCGAGAUCGUCUCAAAGAACGCAACGCCGCCGAGCGUCUUCAUCGGCACAAUUACCGUGACCUGCAUAGCAGUAAUCUACUGCGUCAUCUCCUUCAUCCUCUUCCUGGAUAACAUCCUGCCCUUCCUCGCGAGCGCCAUAAUGGACGCACUGGUGCUUGUGGCCGUCAUCGUCGUGGCCGUCAUCAUCGGGAAACCACUCUCAUACCUCAAGUGCGAUGUGAUCGGAGAUCUGACGGGUGAUGGAUCGUCUGCAUAUGCCUUCGCCACGAGCCUGGAUAACUAUCUGGACCAUCUGGGCGGAAAAGUCGAUUACAAGAACUGGAUAGCGGCGUCUAGAGGUGUGUGUCUGGAGGCAAAGUCAAUCUGGGGGCUGAGUAUUGCAUUGUGUAUUUUGUUCUUCUUUUCGGCAGUCUGCUGCGCCUGUCUUUGGCGGCAGAAGAAGGCGACCGGUGGUGAGAAGCUGGAUGGAUGA